UCCAACCAUCAGUAUGAAGCUCACCUGUGCCCUGCUCCUUUUGGCCACCGUGGCGUUCGUCCUGGUGGACCAGACCAGUGCAGCAACUGGCACAACCACAGCCACGACGGAGGCAGCCACCACAACCACUACCACCGAAACCACCACCAGCACAACCACCGCCUCCACCACCACCACCACGACCACGGAUGCAAGCACUGACAAAAAGAUGCAUAUAAGGAGACACCAUAACACAAUAAACGCGGCCGGUGUAAAAGUAAUAAAACACGGACACACCCGUGUAAAAGAUAAAAGCAGCAGUAGCAGCCGUAGAAGCAGUGGCAACCGUAGCACCCGUAGCAGAAGAGGCAGCCGUAGAAACACUAGAAGCCGCAGAAGCGGUUAA